AUGCCCCAUUCCAUGCCCUUGUCCAUGUCGUCCCCCGGCACUGGCAGCGGCCUCCACACCAAUAGCCCGGCUCAAUCAACGACACCAGGCGGUGGUGCUGGCUCUGGCGUCCCCGCCGCUGAGCGACCCCUCCACACCCUCCAGAGCCCUGCCAGAGUCAGUAAAAGCAGGCACCGAUCCUCCGCCGCCACAAGUUCCCUUUCCUCGUCCUCUUCCGUCGCAACCAUAAAGUCGCUCGUGUCCGCCUCUUCUUCUUUGACUGGCAUUAGCAGGAGCAACCCUAGCGACAUUGGAUCUUCUUCGUCUGCUUCUCACAGUAGCAGCAGUCUAAACCCCGCCACAAGUCACUUGCUAGCGAAUUCUUCUUCCCCUCCCUCCGCCGUUGCCAUCGACAAUUCCGGUCCCAACAGCAGGAGCAGCAGCAGCAGCUCCAUAGCAGGAAUUUCCUCGGCGGCCAACAUUACCACCAGCGCCUCGGCCUCUGCGUCUCGAGACCAGACGAAAACCGUGUCCACGCUCGACCUGAUCGAGAUGGAUAACCCCAAUUUUUCGUUCUGGGGCCCUGACCUCGUCCCCUUACCCUCGCGCUUCGCACGCAUCAAGCGCAACUUGAUUGCCGGCAACGAAGCGGCUCUCGAAGCGUCGUGGAUCCGCAUUAUUGCGGCUCUCAACGCCGAAGUAGAGCACAUUGAGGGUCUUGGAUCGCAUUUGAUUCCCUCGAUUGAAUUUUCUGAGAUUGAGAACCCCUCGCAAACUGCCCGCUUCGGCCGCGAUCUCAAGCGCUACGGCGUCGGUGUCGUGCGCGGCGUUGUGCCCCGCGUCGACGCCGACAUCGCCGUGCGCGAAACUGUGCGCUAUCUCCAGACCAACCACGACUCGAAACCACCACCAUUGCCGCAGGACCCCACCUGCUUCGACUUUUCUGGACGCCGGCCCAGGUGCACACGCGACCGCCUCGUCAUCAAGUACCCCAUCUCCUACGCGGAUCGCAUUCGUAUUCAUGCCCCUACCAUGGCCUCGGGCACUCCCGAGGCCCCGUCCCGCGGAUCCGAGUUCUCGUCACCCAACGGCAUCCACGGCCCAGUUGCGCCUCCUAAAUCAGCCGAUGAUUGGCUCAGCGCCAUUCAGUCUUCGGGCAUCAUUGCGCAGGUUGAUAACGGAUCUUUGGAGAGGUGGGAACCCGACGGCUACCAGCGCGAAGGCACGUACAACGAAGUUUUCAAGGGCAACUGGGAGGAUUACGACCCGUGGGAGUGCUCUGGGCGCUCGACGGCCUCGAGCGAUUUGUACAACGGCUACGGCGCCUGCAGCAUCUUCCGCAUGUUCCAGGGCCUCGUGGCCCUUUCUGCCAUCGAACCAGGCAUGAUUCGAACUCCGCCGCCGACAGCGCGCGAGGGACCGGAGUGGGAGGCAUUCCUUUCGCCGUCCAACUGGUCGCUUGAUAGGGAGCAGAACAGCUAUGUGCACGGUGCCGUUCCUGGUCACGCACAACGCGUGACCGAGCUCUGGCACCCGCAUCUCCAGCUCCGACGUAGCAUGGUAACGCUACCUACAUUGCAAGCGGGCGACUACAUUAUGUGGCAUCCCGACCUAGCGUACCACAUCUCCAGCAGCGGCGCGGGCUUGCGAAGCCCCAUUUACGGUCGACCGGACGAGGUCAGCAUGCUCGUUUACGUGCCCGCCGCGCCCCUGACGCAGAACAAUGCGCUAUAUCUAGCCCGCCAGCGCAAAGCCUUUCUCCGGGGCCAACCCGGGCCGGAUUUCGACUCUACAGGAAGCGGCCUCGAGAGCGAGGCGCCGCAGACAGCCCGGCUUGGUGAGAAAGACAUUGCGGAAAUUGGCGGGACGGCCGGGCUUCAAGCCAUGGGCCUCGCCAUGUACGAAUCAGCAGGCACGCCACCGCCAGAGACCAAGGACAAAGCCAAGGCGAGGGAUGGGGAUGUAGAGAUGGACGAAGCGGAGACGAAGAGCAUCAGCAGUAGCUCAUCGACAACACACGCCGAAGCCGAGGUGAUCCGUCUAGCCAACAUUAUCCUUUUCCCCGACAAGGCCAUGAUGGGGUUCCCCUAA